UGAAUUUGGAACCAAAGCUAAAUCCUGAAAUUUUCAAGACACGCCAAACUAUUUUCAUUUUCAUUUUCAAAACCGCUCUUUGUUUUGUCUACCUAUUCUUACAUAAACACACAACAUCCUAUUUCCCUUACCAUUCAGACAAAAAAAAAAAAAAAUCUAGCUCACUCACUGAACAAACCCUCAAAGAAACUCAAAUGGAGACUCGCGCCGCCGCAAAGAGAAAGGCAAACGCCGCCGCAGUAGUCAUGGUUGAUAUACUCCACCCCAGGAAACAACGAGUUGUGUUGGGUGAACUUCCCAAUUUUUCAAAUGUUCCCACAACUCAAAAUCUUCGCAAAGAGAAACUGCCAUGUCGGAAGAAUCUCAGUGUCAAAAAACCAUCUCCCACAAACAACACUAUUUCUUCUUCACCUGAUCCUUAUGUUUCCGACAUCUAUCAAUACCUUCGUGCAAUGGAGUUAAAGAGAAGGCCAAUGAUUGAUUAUAUGGAGAAAGUUCAGAGAGUUGUUACGGCAAACAUGCGAUCGAUUUUAGUGGAUUGGUUGGUGGAUGUUGCCCAGGAGUAUAAGCUUUUGUCUGAAACUCUUCAUUUAUCUGUGUCUUACAUUGAUAGGUUUUUGUCACUUAAUCGAGUGAACAAAUCGAGACUGCAGUUACUGGGUGUUUCCUCCAUGCUUAUUGCUUCGAAGUAUGAAGAAAUUAAUCCACCACGUGUGGAUAAAUUCUGUAGCAUCACUGAUAACACUUAUGAUAAAGGAGAGGUUGUGAAGAUGGAAGCUGAAAUACUUAAAUCACUAAAUUUUGAAAUGGGCAAUCCUACUGCAAUUACUUUUCUAAGGAGGCUUCUUGAUGCUACUUCUGAGAAACAAAAAACCCCAAAUUUGCAGAUUGAAUUUCUGGGCUGUUAUCUUGUUGAUUUAAGUUUGUUGGAUUACGAUUGCAUAAGAUUUCUGCCUUCUAUUGUGGCUGCAUCAGUUGUAUUUCUUGCCAGGUUUAUUAUUUGCCCUGAAGUGCAUCCUUGGACUUCUUCCUUGUGUGAAUGCUCGGGGUACAAAUCAGUUGAACUGAAAGAAUGUGUCCUUAUCUUGCAUGACUUGUAUUUUUCUAGAAAGGCGGGGUCCUUUCAAGCAGUUAGGGAGAAAUACAAGCAGCACAAGUUCAAGUACGUGGCAAACCUGCCUUCGCCUCCACAUGUACCAAGUCAUUACUUGGAAGAUUAGUGAUGCAACAGUGAUUCCCUUGCAAAUAAAACUCAUUUGAAAAUAGGCCAUUCUAACACUACUAUACAUGUGAAGGGCUGUUAAUUUUAAAUCUCUACAAAAUUAAAUGGCACUUGGCAUUCAACUUAUCUGUAAAGGCAUCUCAAAUUGUAUGCUCAACUUAAAUGGAAGCAGAAGUUGAUCACCCAGUUACUGAUGCUGAUUGUGGGCUGCUUCUUUAAUGAUCUGGAUGUACCAAGGUCCUCUCUGAUGAAGUUAUGUAUUGAAGGAACAAGAGUAUUAAAAUUAGGGAACUAAAUUCAGAAUUGGAGCUUGUGUUAAUUAUCAAAACUAAAUUAGUGUUGUAUGAAUUAUCAGGGAUCAGUUUUGUUGUAAGUUUCUAUAAAUUAGUGAUGUAUCAAUAUGAAUAUUUUCUAAAUUUAUGGUUAGCUUUUCAUCUUUUGUAGCAUCACCUCCCUCUAUAUAAUGAGGCUGUAAUCUUUAUAAUUUUUACAAUGAAAAUAUAUCUUCUAAUUCUAUUUUUCUA